CUAUAAAUCUUUCCAAACAGCCCCUCUGCGGCUGGCGAGAUGGUGUGCGCAGACAUAUGCCCAGCUUCAGUCCAACAUGAGAACGAUGCGUGUGGAGAGCUCUGCGUAAACACAGACUGACUUGGAGAAAAAAAUAUGACAAUAUUUAUCAGAAUAUGUUUUGUUUACUAUGGCGAGAUGGGUAAGAAAUAUUGGAGAUUCUGGAAAAGGUGCGAUUGAACUAUUUUACCAGGAGGCAAACGAGCGUUAAAAAAAAACAUCCUCCGGCGCUUUUCUCACUUGUUGGAGACGCUGAUGUCUUCAUUGGACUUUUCUCGGUUGGAGAUGGUGGAGCUCUCUCGGAUUUCCAGCGUGGAAACGUAGCAUCCAAUUAAUCAGCGACUGCAACUGUACUCCGCGACCUGCAGAGACACCUUGGUCCACCGUCUUCAGAGACGCAUGGUUCUUUCGGAGCCCUACGCUGGAAUACACAACAUAUCUGGCGCAAACCUUUCCUGCGCCAUUUGGACUUAUACUGGUUUAAAAUAAAUCUCCAUUUGGAGAUUCUGACAUGAUUUACACAGUUAAGUCAACUGGGGACACUCUUGGAGUUACGCUUUCUGUUUGGAUUUUACUAUAAACCACUGAGAUAAUUUUAGGUCUGCAUGGGCCAUAUUUAAGCUUUCAUCAUUGGAACUGAGUCUAAGAUGAAGUUAUGGGAUGUUCUGGCCACGUGUUUCUUGCUCCUGACCUCCGUUGCUACACGGCCUCUCUACCAAAACACUCAGCCAGCCAAGAGGACUCCCUUCUCCAGCAGCUACCGUGAUUCUGGGUCUCUAUCUGUGGAAGACGAAGAACCACUGUUCCAGGGUGAAGUGCAAAACCUGCAGGAGAUCUCCAUGGAGGAUCAUUAUGACACGAUAGCUCCCUACCCAAACCAGUUUGAGGAUGUGAUGGAUUUUAUCGAGGCUACCAUUGGCAGACUGCGGAGGUCAUCGGACAAUAGCGGGAGCACCGGAGGACGGAGAGAGCAGAGACAGAGAGGAGCAACAAAAACAAGAAGCACAAAAGAUGAGAGAAGAGGGCACGGGGGGAAGAGGAAGGGUCGAGGCCGGGCAGGAGGCCGAGGAGGCAAGGGAGGGGAGAGAGAGAGGGAGAGGAUAUCUGUACAGAGUCGUGGCUGCUUACUUAAGGAGGUCCAUCUCAAUGUGACGGAUUUGGGGUUGGGGUACCAGACUAAGGAAGAGCUGAUCUUCCGGUACUGUAGCGGACCCUGCAUUGAGGCAGAGACCAACUAUGACAAGAUCCUAAAUAACCUCACACACAACAAAAAGCUGGACAAGGACACACCCUCUCGCACCUGCUGUCGACCGAUCGCGUUCGAUGACGAUUUGUCUUUUUUAGAUGACAAUGUCGUGUAUCACACAUUGAAAAAGCAUUCAGCUCGAAAGUGUGGCUGCGUCUGAGAAAGUGAGAAAAGCAUGACAAAAU